GGCCUGGGCGGUUGGCUUCCUGGUGGCCUGGGCGCCAUGGCGCUACGCUGGUCGCAGCGAGUUGAGCUCGCGCUAUUUGCUGCCGCCUUCCUAUGCGGGGCCGUGGCGGCCGCGGCACUGACUAGGACCCAGGGCUCCUUCGGUGGUAGCUGUCCCUUGUAUGGUGUGGCAGCCCUCAAUGGCUCCUCUCUGGUCUUGUCAAGUCCCUCAGCCUCUUCCCUCUGCUACUUCGUAGCUGGGGCUUCAGGCCUCUUGGCCCUCUACUGCCUUCUGCUUCUCCUCUUCUGGGUCUACAGCAGCUGCAUCGAGGACUCUCACAGAGGUUCUAUAGGGCUCCGAAUUGCUCUGGCCAUCUCAGCUAUAGCCAUCUUCCUGGUCUUAGUGUCUGCCUGUAUACUUCGAUUUGGCACCAAUUCUCUCUGCAAUUCCAUCAUCUCCUUGAACCAUACAAUUAGUUGCUCUGAAGCCCAGAAAAUCUCAUGGACACCCCCUGGAACUGCUGUGCAGUUUUACUCUAAUCUACAAAAUGCUGAAACCUCUUCUUGGGUGAAUCUGGUCUUGUGGUGUCUGGUCUUGAUGCUCCAGUUCAUGCAGUGCAAGUCUGAAGCCACCCCAUACCGGCCCCAGGAGCAGGGUGGCCCAGAGUGGGGCUCUGAGACCGACGCUCUUGUUGGGCAGCGCCCAUCUCACACCUGAAGAAUGCUCGAGGGCUUUCUGCGGCCAAAACCUCCAUGCCCAAGUGCUUUUACUGGUCUUGCCUCACUCAAUGCAGCCCUGUUUAUGCUGAGAAUGUUUCCCUCCAGGAGGGAAACAUUAGAAUAGGCCCCUCCACCUUUUCACCUUAACAUUUUUUGUACCAAAAUAAUAUAUUACUUUUCUUCA